AUGGGAAGAAGUCCGUAUAAAAGUCGACUGAGAAGCUCUGACCCGGCACACCAAUCAAAGCGCGGCAAUAAUUCGAACGAAAGCGGCGAGUUUGAAGAGGUAUGGGACAUACGGUCACGCUUAAGCCGUCGGAAGGGCACUGAUCUGCAAUCGAGAAACUGCUUUGCUGACUCUUCAGAUGACUUGGACACUGAUUCCCCUUCGAAACCGAUAACUGAAAUAGUCAAACACGAGUCAGAGUCAAGCGAUGAAGAAGAUGAACCCGUCAGAAAGGAGUACAGUUUGCGCAACAACCGACAUACAAACAUUUAUUUUCGCUCUCCGAUGCAGAGUAGUUCGGAUACCAUUGGUCAGAAACGCGGAUUUGAACGUCUUCAACAACAUAAGAAUCGUAAAAGGAGUGACAAUGACAAGUCACUUAUGAACGAUUUCAAAUACGGCAAGCGACUGGCGGAUAUUUGUCCAGCAGUGAUCAAUGACGAGGUUGAUUUUUCAUGUGUUGGUGGGUUGACUGAUCAAAUUCUGGCCCUCAAAGAAAUGGUUGUGCUGCCGAUGAUGUAUCCAGAAGUGUUUGAAAAGUUCAAGAUCACUCCUCCGCGUGGCGUCCUUUUCUAUGGACCUCCAGGAACCGGCAAGACGCUUGUCGCCCACGCACUGGCCAACGAAUGCAAUUCUGCAGGUAGAAAUAUACGCUUUUUUAUGCGCAAAGGUGCCGAUUGUCUGUGCAAGUGGGUAGGUGAAUCGGAAAGACAGCUGCGACUCCUUUUCGAACAGGCAUACCUUAUGAGGCCGUCGAUUAUAUUUUUUGAUGAAAUUGACGGUUUGGCGCCAGUCAGAAGCAGCAAGCAGGAUCAGAUCCAUUCAAGCAUAGUUAGCACAUUAUUGGCGUUGAUGGAUGGUGUGGAACAACGCGACGAGAUUGUGGUCAUUGGCGCAACGAAUCGCCUCGACGCUAUUGACCCCGCCUUAAGGCGCCCUGGCAGAUUCGACAGGGAAUUGUGUUUUUCCCUCCCGGACAGAAACGUAUCCGAUGCUGACUUUGACAUGGCGAUGCGUAUAACAUGUCCAAACAUAAAGCGUAGUUCAUCGGUCGCUGUGCAUCCGAUACCAGCACAUCUACGUCCACUGUUAGACGACGCGAUUUCUUCUGUCUACCAACUCAUUCCGGACUGUUUCAAAGACAGCGUCGAAGGAGUCGACGCACCCACCCUUAGCAUCGAGACUGUAUUACCUAAAAACCAGUCCUCUGUAUGGUUUCUCCGUCGCCACAUCCUCAUCACUGGCUCGAGCUCUGAUUACGGUCAAACUAGUUACGUUGCACCUGCCGUUCUGCACCUUUUGGAAAGCUUACCCUUGUACGUUUUGACAAUUCAGGAGAUUUCCAGCAGUGGAUGUGCCACUGCCGAAGAAGCCGUAUCUCAAUGGCGCAUCGCUGGACGUAGCCAAAUUUGGAUAGGCUAUGGUGAAGCUAACGUCACCGCGACGUGUGACCAAGGUCUUUGGAAACUGAAAUUCGUCAAAGCCGAGAUCCAGGACCUGUUUUUGGAUGAAUACGUGUUCGAAAUGCAGCCACCCAGUGCUUCUGCUCGUUGGGACUUCUUUGCUCAGCUGUCGCCUAUUAUCAUGGAUCGUCCCGUUAGAGGCACAGAUAUUGGCAAGUACUGGUUGGUCCCUGACUACUACGAAAUCAUCACCGAGCCAAUGGAUCUGUCGAAGAUGAUGAACAAGGUAAACGAUGAUCAGUACAAGAGUGCUGCAGACUUCCUCGCGGAUAUCAACCUCAUAACCCACAACGCCUUGAUGUACAAUCCUGAUCGCGAGAUAAGAGAACUGGUCAUUCGCCAUCGAGCGUACGACCUUCGGGAUUUUGCGACGGAACUCAUCGAAGAAGAGCUGGACUCAGAUUUUGAACAGCUAUACAUUGUGAAAGUUCAGGAUCCUGAACACAUCUCUUAUCCUAGAUGCAGGCAUUCCCAAAAGCAUUGCGAACAAAAUCUCUCUGUUAUUGUUGAUCAACAGAAAAUACUGAAGUUUAUCGACCUCGCCUCUAACAAGACUGAUGGCUAUCACGUUCAUCAGUUGGAAGAGCUGUACGCGCAGUGCCUACAUGCCAUUGCUAAACUUAGCGAAGUCUAUGAUCGGUCUGCCCUACCAAAGGUAAAUUCGAUCGACGAUAAGUCACUUGAAUUAUACACUUCUGUAGCUUGUAAGCUCUGUUAAAA